AUGGACACCCAGCCCCUGUCACACUCCCAACCCGCCGAACAAACGGCACAAAUGGGAAAUGACACGGACCAGCAAACAGCACAAACGGGACAGGACCCGGACCAGCAAAUGGCAUCAAUGGGACAGACCAUGGACCAGUCCAUGUCCUCCACCAGCUCUAUUACCCAUCCACCCUGGGCACCAUCUGCCAAACACCCACACUCCGAUGUGGAACCCGACCUGAACCUUGCCGCCCAUCUUUCCAACUACAGUACAGUACCACCGCCCAAACGACACCAUGCUAUGCUAUACCCGCCAACCCCGUCCUACCACCCGGAUCCAUACGAGCCAGCUCAGCCCACGCAGGGCGGCGCCGGUCCACCCACCCAGGAGGAAGACCUCGACGAAUACGAUGCAAACACGGCCCUCCAAUUUCCAGGCCUCCGCAACCUCUGCGAUGAUGGCCAGCCUAUCUUGUACCGCAUCAUGACCAUGUACUGGAAACGCGAGGCACACCUCUUCCAAGGCUUUACUCCUGAGGAUUUUGCCGACAUCGAGCGCCAUUUCGCCGAGACAAUCGUCCGGAUCCAGUUCUCCAUCAAUCCUUCGCUCCAGCGCCCAGACAACCUGCUCAGCAUCGUCAACUAA